AUGUGGCUUUUGCGAAAGAAGGAAACCCCAGAGAUGGAUGCAGCGUCAAAAACGACAGAGUCACUUGAAGAGAGCUGGAGCGACGUGGGAGAAGAGUCAUCAAAAGAGUCUGACACUCUGCCCUCCAUCAUCGGAAAAUUCGUUCAAGUCAUCACAACAAGUCCCAAAUACAUGGCCAACAAUUCCCACUCACACACCAGUCUCAAGAACAUUUCCAAUGUCGCAACGGCACUUCAAUAUGCCAUAAAACCGAACACGCCACCGUCAAAACGCCAUACUACACUUCGCGAUCUCGCACUGGGUCUGCAGUUGUGGCCUACCGAUAGCAACAUUCAACUACAACAAGAUGCGGCACGUUCUAUCCCGCUUCUCCACAAAUACAUGCGAGAUACCCUGAAAAGCGAACUAGCGUUCAUUGAAGACCUCCAUGCGAAGGAAAGGUUAAAGCAGACGAGACUUACUACGCAAAUUGGCGGUUAUCACGGUGCUGGCGAGGAACCGGCGGACGAUUCUCUUCGAAAACUGGCCACGCUUCGAUAUCAAGCAGACAAUGUUUUGAUUAAACUGGAGAAAAUUAUUACCAUGUAA